GCCGUGGAUGGUGCCGGCCAGCGCCCCACCCCGGGAGCCUACCCCGCUGCCCCCGGAUCGCGGCCUCCCGGCUCCCCGCCGCCCCUCCGUCAACGCCUCGACCGCCCGCGCACCCAUCCAUGGCCAGGAAGGUCCUGUCGCUGCUGCUGCCGUCGUUGCUGGCCGCGGUGGGCCUCGCCGGCCUCCUGCUGCUGUGCGUCCCCACCCGCGACGUCUGGGAGCCGCCCUCCCUCAAGUAUGGGAUUGUUCUGGACGCUGGUUCUUCCCACACGUCCAUGUUCAUCUACAAGUGGCCGGCGGACAAGAAGAAUGACACAGGCAUCGUGAGCCAGCACAGCUCCUGUAACGUGCACGGUGGGGGCAUCUCCAGCUAUGCAGACAACCCUUCCGGGGCUGGGCAGAGUCUUGUCGAAUGCCUGGACCAGGCGCUUCGGGACGUGCCCAAGGACAGACACAGGGGCACGCCCCUCUACCUGGGAGCCACGGCAGGCAUGCGCCUGCUCAACCUGACCCGUCCAGAGGCCGCGACCAACGUGCUUGCAGCUGUGACCCGGACACUGACGCAGUACCCUUUUCACUUCCGUGGGGCCCGCAUCCUCUCGGGCCAGGACGAGGGGGUGUUUGGCUGGGUGACUGCCAACUACCUGCUGGAGAAGUUCAUCAAGUAUGGCUGGGUGGGCCAGUGGUUCCAGCCAAGGAAGGGGACGCUGGGGGCCAUGGACCUGGGGGGCGCGUCCACACAGAUCACCUUUGAGACAGCCAGCCCAGCUGAGGACCCAGCCAAUGAGGUCCAGCUGCGGCUCUACGGCCAGCACUACCGCGUCUACACCCACAGCUUCCUCUGCUAUGGCCGUGACCAGGUCCUCCAGAGGCUGCUGGCUGGAGCCCUCCAGACCCAUGGCCCCCACCCCUGCUGGCCGAGGGGCUACUCUGCCCAAGUGCAGCUCCAGGAUGUGUAUGAUUCGCCGUGCACGGCAGCCCAGGGACCCCUGACCUUCAACAGCAGUGCCAGCAUCAGCCUGUCGGGCAGCAGCGAGCCGGCCCUCUGCCGCAGCCUUGUCUCGCAGCUCUUCAACUUCUCCUCCUGCCACUUCUCUCAGUGCUCCUUCAAUGGCGUCUUCCAGCCCCCUGUGACAGGGAGCUUCAUCGCCUUCUCCGCUUUCUUCUACACUAUGGACUUCCUGAGGACCGUGAUGGGGCUGCCUGUGGCCACCCUGCAGCAGCUGGAGGCGGCUGCCACCACUCUCUGCAGCCAGACGUGGAGUGAGCUGCAGGCUCGGGCGCCCGGCGAGCGGGCCCACCUGCCCAACUACUGCGCUGGGGCCACGUUCAUGCAGCAGCUGCUGAGCCGAGGCUACGGCUUCGACGAGCGCGCCUUCAGCGGGGUGACCUUCCAGAAGAAGGCCGGAGACACCGCGGUCGGCUGGGCGCUCGGCUAUAUGUUGAACCUGACCAACCUGAUCCCCGCCGACCCGCCGGGCUUGCGCAAGGGCACAGACUUCAGCUCCUGGGUCGUCCUCCUCCUGCUCUUCGCCGCCGUGCUCCUGGCCGCGCUCGUCCUGCUGCUGCGCCAGGCGCGCUCCGCCAAGUCGCCGGGCGCCAUCUAGGGGCGGGCUGGGCACAGCUGCCCAGCCCCAUCUCCCCCAGCCUUCCCCUCACGCCACCUCCCAACACCUCUGCCCCUAAUGCAGCCCCGGACGGAGACCGGGACUCUGGUGCCCACGCAGGGCCAGGCGGGUGAAGGGAACUGAAUCCUGCCCCUCCUGCCCCCUCCAGCCUUGACUUUGCCUCAAGGCCUUGUGCUCCCCCUCUUCUUUUUGGGGGUAGGGGAUCAGACACCCCACAGCCCUCAGCCUGGGGCUCCAGGGAGUGGACCUUUUAUUCUGAUAAUCAGGGCCCUCAGAGUCCCUCCUACCCCCACCCUCCAGAGUCCUGGUCUCUGGGGGAAAGGGGUCAGAGCCCACAGGCUAGGUGCCAGCCCAGUGCCUACUUGUAAAAAUUUUGAAUUAAAGAGUUUUUCCUAGA